CCCCUGCAUGAUGGGGGCAACAAUCUCCUCUUGAUCAACACCAGGUGAUCAGUUGCAAGGGCCGGGCCGCUAUCCAUCUUCCCACCACCACCUCUCGAGUACGGGGUUCUAGGGGUGAUCUCCAUGACGGAUCAUGCAAGAGCAAACGGAAAGCUUUCUGCCGCGUAUAGUGGACCGAAGGCAGUAAUUGGUGGAGCUUAGAGUAAUGUGGAGACAAGCCCAAACAGCAUGCAGUGUUGUCCUUGGUGCUGCGGAACAAGCGCGUGGGCUGACCGUCUUUGUUGCCAAUUGGCAUAAUUCUUGUUGAUCUACUGAUUUGAGUUUGAAGAAUUUAUCAAGCCCGAUGGGCUGACAGGACACGUACGACCGCAGAGCCGUGCCUCGCUGCCCAUUCACUUCUAUGCGGGGGCCAAGAUGAUGCAGACGGUGCGCCGGGUUGGGAAGUAUGAGGUGGGCAGGACCCUGGGGGAAGGCACAUUUGCCAAGGUCAAGUUUGCCGUCAACACAGAGACGGGCGAGAGCGUGGCCAUGAAGAUCUUGGACAAGGAGAAAAUCUUGAAGCACAAGAUGGUGGAGCAGAUCAAGCGGGAAAUCUCCAUAAUGAAGCUGGUCCGGCAUCCAAAUGUAGUGCAUUUGCACGAGGUCCUGGCGAGUCGGACCAAGAUCUACAUUGUACUGGAGCUUGUGACGGGGGGGGAGCUCUUCGAUAAGAUUGUGCACCAAGGCAAGCUGCCCGAAGACGAGGCGCGGCGCUACUUCCAGCAGCUGGUGGACGCAGUUGACUUCUGCCACAGCAAAGGCGUGUUCCAUCGGGACUUGAAGCCCGAGAACCUUCUCCUGGACGCCAAGGGGAACUUGAAGAUCUCAGACUUUGGACUGAGUGCAUUGCCCAUGCAAGUCCAGGAUGACGGCCUCCUUCACACCACCUGCGGGACCCCCAACUACGUUGCUCCCGAGGUGCUGAAUGACAAGGGCUACGACGGGGCCCUGGCUGACAUCUGGUCGUGCGGGGUCAUUUUGUACGUGUUGAUGGCAGGCUACCUGCCCUUUGAUGAGCAGGACCUCAUGACGCUCUAUAAAAAGAUCCACCGCGCUGACUUCACCUGUCCGUCUUGGUUCUCACUGGGCGUCAAAGCCGUCCUGCGCAAGCUGCUCGACCCCAAUCCUAAGACGCGGAUUCGCGUGAGCGGGCUGCGCAACGACCCCUGGUUCACCAAGGGGUACCACCCAGUGCAGCCCCUCGAGGAGAACACCGACGACUCCGACGAUGUGGCCGCCGUGUUUGGCAAUAACGAGGACAGCCACGUGAGCGAGCAGAAGGAGCAAAAGGAGGUCAAGCCGCACCUGAUGAAUGCCUUCGAGCUCAUCACCCUCUCGCAGGGCCUCAACCUCUCCACCUUCUUCGAGAAGCGCCAGGACCACAUGGUGAAGCGGCAGACGCGCUUCACGUCCAAGCGGCCCGCCAAGGAGAUUGUCCAAAAGAUUGCUACCGCUGCCAGCGCAGCCGGCUUCACUGUCGCCACUCGCAACUACAAGAUUCGGAUGGAGGGCCGCUCCGCGUCGCACAAGGGCAUCUUGCAGGUGGCCGUCGAGGUGUUUGAGAUGGCGCCCGGCCUACACAUGGUCGAGGUCAGGAAGGCCGGCGGCGACACGCUCGAGUACCACAAGUUCUACAAGCUGCUGUGUCAAAAGUGCACCGACAUCAUUUGGAAGUCGGAGCUGAGUGCCAUGGACGGGAGUGCCUCCAAGGCCUCAGCCAUUGCAAGCACCAACGGGGCGGUUGCAACCGGGGAUGAGGGGCCUGCUACCGGACCUGCCACGUGACAGAGGCCCCCUACAUGGAGCUUGGUCAGCUCCAUGUCAUUGAAAAGGUAAGCAGGUAAUGAGUUGUUAUAAAGGGGUGUACGGUAGAUGCAGCGCUCUCUUCGUCGCUGUCGUGGGCCGCCAGCUUAGGGUGAUCAUCGUCAAUAAUUAUGGUUUGGGUUCGCUGGCAAAGAAUGGCACUGCGGCGCAACGAGGCAGUCAUUCGCUUGUACAUAUAUUCAGUAUGCUUUCGUUGAAGCUUUACGGCCUCUCUUGAUCGGGCCUGAACAAGAAAAGGUUGAAAGUUGCUUGUACAACUAGGCAAUAAUAAGACAUGCUUAUUCGAGGCUGUCACAGUUCACGUGGACGUGUCCGAAUGCGCAUUGGAACUCUGUAUACGUAGUCUGUGUAUACCGGUCUUGCAAUCAUCGCCGCCAUGCAGGGUACAUAUGCAACCGGACAUAUAUAGCUCUUGCCA